AGGUCAAGUAAGCAGACGUGUGGUUGUCAGCCGAUCUAGGAAGUAAACAAAGUCUCCUGUAGGUACCCAAGUAAUGAAAAGCGAGAAAGACCAGUUGUAAUAACCAACACAGAACAAGCGCUGAUUACAUCGGACUUAAUUAAGACUCGCCUGCUACUGGCUCACAGAAACAACAUGUGUGAUAACGACGUAUGCUCAGUCGAAGAAGAUGUAGCAAAGACGAAAGAAUUCCAGAAGACAGAAGAAGGCUUACAGCAUAAGAGGAAAGAUGAAGUGAAGAGAAGGGCACAGUUAGAUAUCCUGAUGCAGCAGCUUUUGCACCAACAAAUGAGUAAGAAGAAGAGAAGACUGGAAAAGGAAGCCUUCUUAAAAAAACUCGAAAAAGAAUUGGAGCAGCAGAUGAGAGAGAUAACAGAAGUAAAGAAAAGGGAACGAACGAAUAUCAGAGAGAAGAUGAAGAAGAUGUUUCUUGAACAACUGAAAAUAGAAGGACAGUUACAGUGUAAAGACACUUGCUGUAGCAAGCAUUCUUCUGGGUUGCAUCAUGCAGGUCAUCUGAGUGUAUCAUCGAGUUUCGAACACUCCAUCCGUAAAAACAGAACCGACUCGGACAACAGCAAAUCGUAUCGCUUCCUUCUUGUCGGAAAAAGCGGACGUGAAAAAGUUUCAACUGGAAGCACAAUCCUAGGACACCACGCUUUCAACAAUGAAGCAAACUUUCACUCGGUCACCAGCAGCUCCACACUAAAGAGUGGCAUGAACAAUGACACCCCCAUCGAAGUCAUGGACUGCCCUGGUCUUUUCGACACCGGAAAGACGCACGAAGAGGUGGCGACAGAGGUGAUUCAAGCAGUCGCCUGCAUGCAUCCGGGGUUUACGGCCAUCUUGUACGUGAUCAUGAUUAACCGUCGGUACACGGAAGAAGAAGCUGAAGUGUUUAACAGACUGAAGUCUCUCUUUGACCACCACGUGACUGAAUAUAUAAUCAUCAUCUUCUCACGAGGCGACGAGCUGACGAGAAGGAAAGAACAGAUUGAUGAUGUCUUAAUGAAGGCCCCUGACCUCCUCCAUAAGGUUCUAGAUGAGUGCGGCCACCGCUACGUGGUCUUCGACAACAUGGCAGACGACAAACAACCGCAGGUGGACCAGCUGAUGCAGGAGGUGUGCAAACUGAGGGAGGCGCAUGGCGGCAAACCUUACACGUGUCCCAAGUACAGAGAGGUCGGCGAGAAGAUGGAGAAGGAGGUGGCUAGGAGACUGAAAAAGGCGGAAGAGGAAAAGAUCAGGACAAAAAAAUACAUAGAGAAACUUAAAGAGACGAUGAAGCAAAUGCAGGAUCAGGCUGCUGUUGAUAAACUAAAACUUAAGAAUAUGGAAGUGGCGAGAAAUGAAGAGAAAAUGAGGAUGAUCGACGAAAUGGAUCAACACCUGACAUCUCUUGUGGAAGCCUUUCACCGACAGCAAUACUUCGUUGAGCAGAGGCAUCAGAAGGAAUUGAGAUUGUUACAAGCUAGGGAAAAACAACUGAGGAAGCAGAUAACUGCGUUAGUAAAACAGAGAACAUUAGAAAUUGAGCCUAUAGAAAAAGUACAGGAGCUAGUGGAAGUUUUAUUUUUGCUUUUCAUUCUGCUUGUAUUUGAAAUUGAACGACACUACAGACAAAUUGUCGGUAGAAGGAGUACGGGAACUUCCUGUGUAAUUAUGUAAUUUCAGGCAAUCAUGUUUCUGAAAUAAAACAUAUUGUUAAGGUCUGAUAUUAGGUUUAAUAAAGUCUUUAACCCAACUAUAGUGUAUUGCAUAUUUUAAAAUAUUUUUACUAUGUUAUAUGAAAUAUAUAUAUAUACUGGCGAUUUAAAAAAAAGAGUAUACAGGAUUAUUACUCGUGCACAUAUUUCUUUGGUGAGAUAUACCUGAAAAUAUCGUACAUUUGUAUAAUGAUAAAUCAUGUUUCAGGAUUGUUGAUAAUAUUAAAUAAAUUCUUCAUAACUGUAUUGUAAGUAACAUUUUAUCUUUAAUUCUCCUCUGAAACCAUUUGUGACAGAUUGCGUGAUUCUGCUGCUUAGACUUGACUGUACAGAUUUGUUAACGAUAUUUUUGUUAUCAAAUGAUAUUGUCAUUCCUUUAUUACUUCACAUUACAAUAUAUUAAGUUUAGAUAAAUUUCGCUGAGUAUAAAAUCUCCUAUGUAAAUAUCUAAUUCUAAGGUGCAAAUAGAUGUUUCAGACAGCGUAUUUAAUUUUAAGGAAUUUGUUCUUUAUCCAAACAACUUAGUGAUACACCAAGAAACGAGCAGAAGUUUUGAAAGAAAGUUCUGAGUACCUGCUAAAUGGACUCCAAGAAUCACAUGGACUAUCAGCUAAACAAGUCUGGUUUCACAGUGAUAACAAUUCACAUGUUUUUCAGAAUUUCCUGAGAUUAUUGCUAAAAUGCUGGUCAUUGCCUGGCUACCAUGUUGUUUGUUGGUUGUUUCCCUUUUGUUUAGUAAGUAAACUGUCCAAGGGCUUAAAGCAUUAGUUUCGCAUAUAUAUUCUUUUGUAUUGAUUGAUUUGUUUAUUUCAGGGCGAUUGCCCUGUCAUUCAUUGCGAUUGAAUGAAAUAACACAAAGUUGCGAUAACAAUGUAACAAACAGUAGAUGACAAUUUACACUAGGUGACUAAAAAAAAGAAACUAUGCAGUGACCAUACAUAAUUUUCUAAUCUUGAAAUCAUAGCAAGACUAUUUCUAAAGUUAAAUUAAUAAAAAGAUAGAGUGACAAA